AUGGAAUUUCUAAACCAGACGAUUGUCGCGCUACGGGGCACAGGAGAACCACAACAAAACCCACAAGAUACCGUAUCUCGCCUUGCCGACCGUCUCGCGCAAUCGACACAGCUCGAGGACCGACGCGCCGCCCUCUUUGCCCUUCGUGGCCUCUCGCGCGACUACCGAGCCGAAGUCUCGCACCACGCGCUCGAUGCACUCUUAUCCGUGCUCGAUGGUGACGCCCAGGUAGACCCCGAAGUCGCCAAGGCCGUCCUCCAGACGUUGAACACGCUCGUCGAAGUCGAUGGCAGCAUGGAGGGCAACAGCGCCGAACAGCGUGAACUGGCACUAAAGAAUACGGAUCAUGUACUCCAGGAUCCAAAACAUACACAGAAACUGUUUGGAUUGCUGACGGAUACAACGUUUUAUACGCGCUAUGGCACUCUCCAGCUCCUCAACACGCUUGUAACAAACAGACGGAGCGUUGUGCAAGCGCAUUUUGUCAACGCUCCAGAAUACUCACAGACCGUGACCGCCUUGCUCGAGGAGAAGCGCGACAUGAUACGAAACGAGGGUUUGCAGUUAUUCCAGUCUCUCGUCUCUCAAAAUACGGACAUACAGACCAUAUUUGCGUUUGGUGGCGCCUUUGAAUCGCUCCUGCGUAUCAUCGCGCAAGAGGGUGGCGUGGAAGGCGGCGUGGCUGCAUAUGGCUGUCUUGUCGCAAUAGAUGGAUUACUCAAGUAUAAUUCUUCCACACAGACGUACUUUCGUCAACUUCUCCCAUCAAUCCCACCGCUUUUAUUAUUCCCUCCAAGUAUAGCAUCAGAUCAAGAGACUCCUCAAGAGUUUGCAUUGCAGUUCUGGGACGAGCUCAAGGCGAGAAAUGUGGGGCUUGUAGUCAAUAUUAUCGGCACAAUGAAAGCACCAGAACACAUUCGAUUACUUACUGAGCUAGGUAUCGCCUCGAACGCUCCCCAACAGGUCAAGGCGCAGGCCCUCCGACUGCUAUCAGGCUAUAACCAAGCCCCGCCCCUGCUCCGAAAUAUCACACCAUACAUACCUGUACCGGACUCCAAUGGCGAGGAGUGGGACAGACUUGACGCCUGUCGAGGCAUUGACCUACUGGUCCAAACGGCGGUGGACGGCGAGUAUGGAGGACUUGGUCUUGCCCCUCCAACAAGUAAAGAAAGUAUCGAGCUCAGGUCGGUAGCUCUAAGCGUAUUUGAUGACUUCGUAAAGGACGAAGAAGUCACCACCGAUAUACUGAAUGGAAUGCUUUCAGGCCGCCAAUCCUCACCUCCAACCUCUGCAUCAAACGUGCUCCUCAAUGGCAUUGCCAUAUUACCAACUAGCCCCCUCUCAUCCAAAACUGCCACUCGCCUCCAGUUUAUUUGCCUUUUGUUCGCAUCCCUUUUCCAUGGCCCACCGAACAAUUCCAGCACAUCCCCAAAAGCUAUCGCAAGAGGGCUCAGCACAGCUCCUGCGUCCGACACAGGUGGCAACUUUUUUGUCCCGGCAGAUGGGGGUGCUCUACCACCCUCUUCGAAUGAGGUUAAGCUCAGCGAAGACGACGAUGACGACCCGCCGUCGUCACUCUUACAGCUUUUGACGGAGCAUCUCAGUCUGUCUAUGCUGGCAAGAUCCAAAGUUACAGACGAUGCCGCCGAAUCACGACUAUGGGAUAAAGUACUAGUUGCAUACCUCGCAUUACUUUGUACUUGGCUAUGGGAAGAUCCGAAAAGUGUUAGAAUCUUCCUGGAGGCUGGCGGCAUUGGUGUGCUGGCAGAGCCAAUUUCACAGACGAGUGGAGUAGAUGUCCUCGUCCAGGGUCUCUGUAGCUUCCUGUUCGCCAUCUGCUACCAUUUCAAUCGAGAACCUGGAGAGAUUACUCGUAAAACACUUCACUCAAUCAUCUCUCGCCUUGGCGCUGAACAAUUAGUAUCGCGAAUGUCGAGAGCCAGAGAGGACGAUAGGUUCCGGCAUGUCACUCCAGAAUCGAUCGUUUUGCCAAUACCACAUUCGGUUAUGGCUACGAGCGAUGUCGUUGAGGCAGAGAUAUGGCUGGACUGGGGCUUUGUGGAGUUCUGGAAAGCAAACUACUAUACCGCUCAACGAGGCCUGAGUGCGGACCCCGACACCGUAGCUUCUGGACCAGGCGAUAAUACAGAACUUCAGCUUGUGAUCGCGUCGCUACGGGACGUGGUGAGAAAGCAAGCUGACGAGUUGCAAGCCGCGAAAGCGGAGGUCACCAAUCUACAAAAGCAACAACAGAUUAAUGCUGCCAAGCAGACGAUUUCAGAUAGUCUACAAAAGAAGCUUGACGCUCUGCAGGCUGAACGUGAAGCAGAGAAAGAGGCAAUGCAGCAGCAAAUUGCAGAACUCUCACAACAACUGUCAGAGCUAAAAGAGAGGAAAGACGAACAGGAAAAGGAGCAUGAGGAUCUUCUGGUCUUCUUGGAGGAGGUUAGUGAAAAGCGAAAACGAGACAAAGCCAUGAUGCGGACGGCUGGACUGGAGGUUUCCGAAGAUGAAGGUGGUGAUGAGGGAGACGACGGGAUUUUUCCAUCAUGGACGCCCGAGCAAUCGUCUGCACGGGAUGCCAUCCUUCAUGUUGCCUUUUCCUCUAAAGCAAACGUUGCUGCCGGUGGCGAGUUUGUUGAUUAUACUGCACGAUACGGUGCCAUGAGGGAUCAAGAUGGUCAAACGCUGCGCGAAAACCUCGUGGAGAGUCUUUCGCAGGACCCCCCACCCCGCCCACGGACUGAAUUCGACAUCCCGGGCACGGCAGAAGUACAAUUAUUGGCUUCAGUUGGUGAAAUAAAACGCAAGGCUUCCAAGAUUGAUGUCCUCGCUGACCGACUUCGCUUGGUCCCUCAACUCGACAUUCCGAUGAUCGCAUUGAGCAAUGGCCAACGAAGGAGAGCUCGUAUUCUUCGGCAGCUCAUCAAAGAGCCUCUUGUGCUACUCCUUGAAGAGCCAUUUGCCGGUCUGGACGUCGUGCAGCGACCACUAUUGUCGACGCUGCUUCACAGCCUCAAUGCCAACGAGGAUCCUUUUGUUCUUAUUGAACUUCGCCCUCAGGAUCCUGUUCCUCAAUGGAUUACACACAUUGCCAUUGUCGAUGGGCCGAGCGUCGUGACAAUACCUUCAGCCGAAUACUCAGCAGAAGAUCAUGCUAUCAUUACACCAUCCCAGCCGAGUAAUCCCAACCUGUCAAUGAAGAACACUGCGCCAAUUCUCGCGCGCCUCGUCAAUGUCCGGGUAGCAUAUGGCGAAAGAGAAGUACUCAAAGAGGUCAACUGGACAAUACGUAAGGGCGAUAGAUGGUGGCUACGAGGCCCCAACGGCUCCGGAAAGACGACUCUACUCUCUCUCUUGAGUGGAGAACAUCCACAAUCCUACACCCAACGUCACUUUGAACUGUUCGGGAAGCCACGCCAACAGGUUCCGACAGUCUCCAUCCAACGCCAGAUUGCCUCAUCUACGCCAGAGAUUUUUGCGGCUUUUCCUCGUCGCUCUGGGCCAGGUGCAAUGACCGCCGCAGAUGCGAUAGGAACUGGUUUCGAGGGGACUUAUGCAUAUCGACAUCUCACAGAGGGCCAAAGGCUAAAACGUGACAGCUUGAUAAGAAAGCUAGGCCCUGGAGACACUGAAGCAGACCGCCUGGCUUGGGGAAAGCAGCUAUUCGCGACUCUGCCUCCAGCUGAACAGGCACUGGUGAUGCUGAUGCGGGUGCUUGUCAGUGACGCUUCUAUCCUCAUUCUUGACGAAGUAUUCGCCGGGAUGGACGACAGUAUGAUCAAUAGGGCAAGAGAGUAUCUUCAAAAAGAGGUAGCUACAGAGAAGGCGAUCAUAUUCGUCACGCAUUGGGAGCACGAAGUCCCGUGGUCAAACUCACAAAUGUUCUUGAUAGAGGACGGUAUUGGAAAAUUAUGA